UUAACUCCUUGUCCCACAAUUCAAAGUCCCCAAAGCGUUCAAGCUAGAGACCGGGCGCCAGCUCUCUCACAGCGCCUCCCUCCUCUUCCACCGACAUGGAUCGCGAGACCGAUCUCUUCCCUUCCUCGCCGACGAACUCCUCUACUUCCUCCUCCGAUCUCGACACCAUGUCGACGGGAUCGUUCUUCCACGAUCGUAGCACGACUCUCCGGACCCUGAUGGGCCUCACCUCUCCGGAAAUCCAGGCCAGGCCCAGUCGGCCAGCAUCGGUUCGACGGGUCGCUGCCGUUGGCGGUGGAGACGGAGUCAGCGGUCGGAAGCCCAAGUCGAGACGAAGCGGAUGUUGGCGGUUGUGCCGUGGGGAUGUGGAACCCACAUCACUGGAGCAGUUUCUACGGGCGGAGAGGCGGCUUGGUGCCGCCGAGGGGGAUUUUCUCUGCGGUAAUGAGGCGGCGGCGGACGGCGCCGGUAGGUUGUUUUUGAACGGGAGGGUUCUUCCCCCUGCGCCGGCGAGUCCUGUAGGACGGCGGCGAAGGGAGGGCGAGGCGGCGGGUUCACUUGGAAGGCUGCCGGUGAUGUUAGCUGGGAUUUGCAGCGGCGGGGAAUGGUAGAUCUGUAAUUUGAUUUUCUAUUUUUAUUUCAUGAGAAAAGUUUUUUUUUAAUGUAUUUUAAACAUUUCUUUUAAAAGCCUGACGCAGUUGGCGAGAA